AUGCAGUCCAAGGCUAUCCUUCUUUCUCUUCUCAUCGCCUACGCCGAGGCUAGAUUUGGCCAGGAGCAAGAACCUAUCAGUGCCAUUUCAGCUGUCACCAGUGGCGGCGGCCCCGGUGUUGCCGCUACCUUAGCUGGAGGUGCCAUCAGCACCCUUCUCGGCGCCGCAAACCCUUGCGCCAAGCUCCAAGCUGCCGACGAAAUCAUUGCCAAGCUUGGCACUGGUGCUGAUGCCGUAGCAGCAGCCAUCGGCCUCGUUGCUGCCGAGCAGAACUUCAACCCCUUCGCGACCGACAUCCCCAGCAUCUGCGGCGACCCAACCCUCCCCGCCACUGAGGUUCUUCGUGGUGUUGUGCCGCUCGUUGACCCUGCCGUCACCAACUCUGCCACUGAGAAUGCCAACUCGGCCAAGUCGAAGACGGCCCCUUUCAAUGCGAAGGGCCUUAGUGUUGCGCAGGUCAUGGUCAACAAUGGCUUUACUAGCCUGAAAGCAGUUGACCUUUCUGGAGCUACCGUCGAUGUCAAGGCAGGUGCUGCUGCUGGUGCAAAUGCCGGUACCAACACUGGUGCUAAUGCCGGCGCUGGUGCUGCUGCUGAUGCCGCAGUUACCACGGCUGCUGCUGCCGCUGCUAAGACAGCUGUGGCUGCGGCUGAUUGCCCACCGGCCACUGUAUUUGUUACUGUUACCAUGGGUGCUGCCGCUGCUGCUGAUACUGCUGCCGCGAACGCCGGAAACAACAACGCCAACAACAAUGGAAAUGCUGCUACUGGAAACGGUGGAGCCCAAGCUUCCGCGGGCGGGUUCGACUUCGGAACCUGCACUCCUACCAUGAAAUUUGUCGGUGGACUUGGCAACCGCCCUGCCACUGAAUUCACCUUCCAGGCCAUUGACCCCGUUGUCGCCCUGGGCCAACAGGAGGCUCUCAACCCCAACAUCAUCACCAACAGGAUCUGCGAUCAACUUACCAACGUCUGCAACGCCGGCGCCUCUGGCAAGGCCGCUUGCCUCGAUGCAAAGGCACAGAUUCUCGCGCUUGGCACAAGGGAUGCCUCCACCGCAGCAAAGUGGAACUCGCUGCUCGGUUUCUAG